GAUGGUGGUUGUUGCCGGAACGCUCGCCGUGUAUGGACGGCGGCGAUCCUGCCAUGUCCGAUAAGGAGGAUGAGGAGGACGCCGCGGCGGACAUUCUGUCGCGAGUUCGACUCGUCGAUGCUCCCGUACUCUUGUUCGUUUGCUUCCACAAGGCUCUGCGCUCCGAACUUGACCAGCUUCGUGACCUGGCGGAAACGGCGUCGUUGGAGGAUGAGACACGCCGUUGCCGAGAAUUAAUCCUUAAGCUUCGACGAAGAUUCGAGUUUCUGAAACUAGCUCUCAAGUAUCAUUGCGCUGCGGAAGACGAGGUUAUCUUUCUUGCACUAGAUAUACAUGUGAAAAAUGUGGUAGGUACAUUUUCCCUAGAACAUAACAGCACCAAUGACCUCUUCGAUUCUAUCUUUAACGUCUUGGAUAAGUUGAUGGAUCCUGGUGAGAAUAUUUCCAAGCUGUUCCAAGAACUUGUGUUCUGCAUUGGCAUCUUGCAAACCUCCAUUUACCAACAUAUGCUGAAAGAAGAAGAGCAGGUUUUUCCUCUGUUGAUGCAGAAAUUAUCUACUAAAGAGCAGGCCUCACUUGUGUGGCAAUUCAUGUGUAGUGUUCCUAUAAUGUUGCUGGAGGAAGUUUUGCCAUGGAUGGCAUCCUUCCUUUCUGCAGACAAACAAGUGGAAUUUACUCAGUGUUUAAAUGAAAUCGCGCCAAUGGAAAAAGCACUGCAAGAGGUUUUGGUUUCUUGGCUUGGAAGCAACAAGCAAACCUUCACUGAGACCUAUUUUCAGAGUGAAGAAGUUCAAGGUGCUGAUGAAUUCCUACAUAUAGAAAGUACACUUGGAUUGAGUUCUUGUAAUAGGAACUCCGAAGAUAUUUCAAGUUGGAUGAAAGUGAAUGGCCAAGAAAUAGAAGAUGAGGUCAAUCAGGUUAAUGUUCUUCAUCUUUGGCAUGAUGCUAUCAAGAAAGAUUUGAAAGAAAUUCUGAAAGAACUUUAUCUAUUAAGAAAAUCCAGCUGUUUCCAGAAUUUAGACUCAAUACUUAUCCAACUAAAAUUCUUUGCUGAUGUCCUCAUCUUCUACAGCAAUGCUCAGAAGAAAUUCUUUCAUCCUGUACUGAAUAAAAUAUCUAAUGGCUGGUUGUCCAAGUCUGUCGAACAAUUUCUUGGUGGAAGUCACAUUGAAGAUAUACAGCAGUUGCUAUUUUAUAACUCAGAAAGUGGAAUGCCUUUGAGUAAAUUCGUAGAGAAGCUUUGCAGAAAACUUGAAUCAUUUGUAUCAGGAGUCAACAAACAAUUUGCUUUUCAAGAAAUUGAGGUAUUUCCUGUCAUUGGAAAGAACUGCAGAAAUGGAAUGCAAGAGAGACUUUUAAACUUGAGCCUGCAUAUGAUGCCACUUGGGUUACUAAAAUGUGUUAUAACUUGGUUUUCAGUUCACUUGUCUGAAAAGGAAUCCAUGUCCAUUCUCUAUUGCAUAAAGAAAGGAAAUAAUUUUGCCUGUAAAGCUUUUGCAUCACUGUUACACGAGUGGUUCCGCAUUGGUUAUUCAGGUAAAACCUCCAUUGAAAAAUUCCGACAGGACUUGCAGCAUAUGUUCAAAAGCCGAUGCUCUAUUAUACCCGAGCAAAUGAAGGAAGCUCCAGGAUUUUCUUUCUUAAAUUCUGACAAGCAGCCUCAUAAAAUCUCUGGCAAGAGUUGUUUGUCUUAUUCAUCAUCUUCUGCAUCCAACAAUGUGAACAAAUACGAGACACCAUACUCCACAGGGAUAAAUCUGCAUAUAUUUUUCCCUGCCACAGUUGUGAAGUUGCAUCAGCAUCCUAGAUUUCAUGCAGCAAAUAGUUGUUCUAAUUCCUUUCUUGACGAUCCAAAACCAAUUGACCUAAUAUUUUUCUUUCACAAGGCUAUCAAGAAAGAUUUGGAUUACCUAGUUCUUGGCUCAGCUCAGUUAGAAGAAAAUGAUAAGUUGCUUGUGGACUUCCACAAACGAUUCCGUCUUGUAUGUUUUCUUCAUCAAAUACAUAGUGAUGCAGAGGAUGAGAUAGCUUUUCCUGCCUUGGAGGCAAGGGGUAAACUUAAAAACAUUAGCCUUUCCUACACCUUUGAUCACAAGCAUGAAGUUGAGCACUUCAGUAAAAUAUCUCGCAUCCUUGAUGAGAUGUCUGAAUUACAUCUUUCAGUUUCUACUAUUGAUUCAGAGAUAAGGGAGAAGAGAAUGCUAAGGCAUCAUCGUUUAUGCAGGAAUCUGCAAGAAAUGUGCAAAUCAAUGCAUAAUUUUCUUUUUGAUCACAUAAACCGUGAAGAAAUAGAAAUUUGGCCAACAAUUAGAGAAUUCUUCUCAAGUCAGGAGCAGGGGAAGAUCAUAGGAUGCAUGCUUGGAAGAAUAAGAGCAGAGAUAUUACAAGAUAUGAUACCUUGGCUAAUGGCAUCUUUAACACUGGAAGAACAGCAGGUUUUAAUGUUCUUAUGGUCCAUGGCUACUAAACAUACAAUGUUUGAUGAAUGGUUAGGUGAAUGGUGGGAUGGGUAUAGUAUAGCUAAGGCAACAGAGGGAUCAAAUGAUGCCCCUCCACAAACUAUUGAACCACUGGAGAUUAUAUCCAAAUAUUUAUCUGAAGAAGUUCUUAAUGAAUUACAAGAAGAAUCCUCUGCCAAUAAAAGCAUAAAUUCUUUCCAGAAGGAUCAUAUUGGUGGUGAUGUUGUGUCAUCUAACUCCAAUUUUGAUGAAAAAGUUAAGGUUCAUAGUGCAGAAGAAAAUAAUAAUCAAUGUUCAAAAAGCACAAAUCAAUUUCAUGAUAAUAGCAGACAUGCUUGCAAUGAAGUAACAGAUGUCACAAAUCCAAUUAACAAUGGUCAAUCUUUUCAAUUUUGUGAUAAGUCUGGGCAUUACGAUCGACUUCUGAAAUUGAGUCAAGAUGAUCUGGAGAGGGUAAUAAGAAGGGUGUCCCGUGACUCUUGCUUGGAUCCUCAAAAGAAGUCAUACAUAAUACAGAACCUACUAAUGAGCCGUUGGAUUAUUAGACAGAAGAUCUCUUCUACAGAAGUCUUUAUCAAAAGCGAUGGACAGGAAUUUCCUGGGAAGCAUCCAUCUCACAGGGACCCUCACAAUCUAAUCCAUGGUUGUAAACACUACAAGAGAAACUGUAAGCUUUUUGCUCCCUGUUGCAACCAACUUCAUACUUGCGUACAUUGCCAUAAUGAGGUAUCAGAUCAUUCAAUUGACAGGAAAUCUAUUACAAAGAUGAUGUGCAUGAAGUGCUUGAUAAUUCAACCAAUCAGUGCCACAUGCUCAACAGUUUCUUGCUGUAAUUUAUCCAUGGCGAAAUAUUACUGCAGGAUAUGCAAAUUAUUUGAUGAUGAAAGGGAAAUUUACCACUGUCCCUUUUGUAACCUGUGCCGAGUUGGAAAGGGUUUGGGUGUGGACUACUUUCACUGUAUGAGUUGCAAUGCUUGUAUGUCUCGUUCUCUUAUGGUCCAUACAUGCAGGGAGAAAUCUUUAGAGGAUAACUGUCCAAUUUGUCAUGAAUAUAUCUUCACAUCCUGCUCUCCGGUAAAAGCCCUCCUGUGUGGUCAUGUGAUGCACUCAACAUGUUUUCAGGAAUAUACCUGCUUUAACUAUACCUGCCCAAUAUGUAGCAAGUCACUUGGAGACAUGCAGGUAUAUUUUAGUAUGUUAGAUACGUUAUUGGCUGAAGAGAAAAUUUCUGAUGAGCUUUCAGGUCAAACUCAGGUCAUAUUAUGUAAUGACUGUGAAAAGAAAGGAACAGCCCCCUUCCACUGGCUUUACCGCAAAUGCCCUUAUUGUGGCUCAUACAACACCCGAGUUCUAUGAUUCUUCCAUCGUGAGGCAUAAAUAGUUGCUUCUCCUUUGUAUUCAAACAUUAGGUUGUAUUUUAUUAUUUAAUGCUUAUCUAUAUGGCUUAUGCGAAAAUAAUCAUUCUAAUGUAAAAAUAGUUAUCUUGUUGGCUUGUUGCCACAUUUAAUUAAUUUGAAUUCCUCUUUUG